AUGUUAGAAGUCUCCCGGGUGUCGCAGAGAGGAUUAUUACUUACAGUUUCGCCCCACGGCCACGGGGGAGUAAUAAUAAGUUACGCUGGGCGGCCGUACUCUAGGCCAACCACCGACGACUUCGGUGCUCGACUUUCGCUGCUUAACACACCUUUAUCGACCCCCUCGUCCUGCUCACUACCGUAUCCUACCCCUACGCUCAGCUCCAUUCCUUUGAUAGUGUACCGCAUUGGAGCUUCUGGCCUCUCUUUCGAGCCGUUUGUGUCGUUGUUGCCACUAAAUCCCAGCCAGGACGAAGGGCAGGUCUCCGUCUUCGAUCUGGCAAACUCUUCCCCGUAUAUACCCACCUCAGCCGCCUCCGACCGCCCUCAUCUUCCUAUCACCAUAGAUUCUGCUGCGUCUCCUCGUCAAAGAGACGCCCAGGACUCAGCUGCAGCUCCCGCUUCUUCAACGGAACGUGGUGUCGAAUAUACUGUUUCAUCUGAUUCACGGUCGUUACGAACUUCCAACCGCCGCCGUCGCCGCCGUUCAUCACCCGACCCCUCGGACAAUACCACUGCGGGGGAAGGAAGCUUACAGUGGGAGCAAGACAGAAGCGGGGCUGCUUCUGAAGAAUACAAUAUCAAUCAACAAUAUUCCCGUGAAGAGGGGCGUUCGCGGUCUCCCAAGCGCAGGCGUUUGGCAAAUAUGCGACCCGAUGGUGAAGUAUCGACAAAUUCGAAUGGCUUCUCACAGACGUCCAACGGCCUCGCAGCAUCACCACUAAGCAAGUCCUCCAUCUCGAGCUCUCUGAAUGGCCGCUCACUGUCUCGAAACACAUCGAACGGACAACCGCAAGCGAACGGAUCAUCUAAAAAGUCUUCAAGUGCACCGUCAUAUUUUGGUCAUGAUCGGGAGGAGGUGACAAGAAUUCUAAUUCAGAGUUUAUACGAUCUGGGCUACAAUGAAUCUGCCGAUACAUUGACUCGAGAAAGUGGUUAUCAACUGGAAAGUCCUGCUGUAGCUGCCUUCAGGAGUGCAAUUCUGGAUGGACAGUGGACAGACGCCGAGAACAUAUUGAUCCGCUCUUUCCGCCGUGACGGUAGCAGUGGUGCUGUAGGUGAUAGUGAUGGCCAGAUUCAGAAUGAACCAAGACUAGUCUUGGCGGAGAAUGCAGACAAGAACGAAAUGUUGUUUUGCCUCCGGCAACAAAAGUUUCUCGAGCUAUUGGAAGCGCGGGAUCUUGGUGCAGCAUUAAUGGUCCUUCGUCAAGAGCUGACACCACUCAAUUAUAAUAUCCCCCAGCUCCACGCUCUUUCAAGUCUCCUCAUGUGCCCCGCCGAGCAUUUGCAUGAACAAGCCGGUUGGGACGGACCUUUGGGUCCCUCUCGAGAACGAUUAUUGUCGGAAUUAUCAAAGUCCAUAUCACCAUCGGUUAUGAUACCGGACCACCGUCUCGCUGUGUUGUUGAACCAUGUAAAGCAGAGCCAGAUCAACCAGUGUCUCUAUCACAAUACUGCUGCGGCUCCCUCACUUUAUUCCGAUCAUAUGUGUGACAGGAAUGAUUUCCCGCUCCGCGCUACUAUUGAGCUGAGCCAGCAUUCCAACGAAGUCUGGUACUGUGAAUUUUCUCAUGAUGGCACGAAACUAGCAACAGCAAGUCGAGAUCACAGCGUCAUAAUCUACGAUACUGCUACAUUUACUGUUUUGCACAGAUUCGUGGAGCACGAAGGGCCGGUAGCUCAUGUGAGUUGGAGUCCAGAUGACACAAAAUUAAUUGCGUGCUCUCAGGACAAAAAGGCUCGAGUAUGGAAUGUAGAGACGGGACUCCUUCUUCUCACCAUCGACCACCACAGCGAGCCAGUAACAGCGGCAGCUUGGGCUGCAGAUGGACAGUCUUUUGUAACAGCAUCUCUUGAUCUCACGUCGUCGCUUUGUCACUGGAGUAUUGGAGGUGAUCCAUUGUACAGGUGGCCUGGGGCUUUCCGAGUCCAAGACUGUGCCAUAACGCCAGAUGGGAGACGGUUAAUUGCGGCUGAUGUCGAUAAGAGAGUCCAUGUUUACAACUUCUCAACACACGAAGAAGACUAUUGCUUAUCUUUGAAGAGCAAGCCAACAUCUGUCACUGUUAGUCAUGACUCGAGGUAUAUGCUGGUCAACCUCGCGGAGGGGCAGAUACAACUUAUCGAUAUUGAGACCACGGACGUUAUACGACGGUUCCGAGGGCAGAAGCAAGGCGAGUAUGUUAUCCGAAGUACUUUCGGCGGUGCGGCGGAAAAUUUCGUUGUCAGUGGUAGUGAAGACGCUCGAAUAUACAUUUGGCACAAAGAAAAUAGUACCCUCGUGGAGACAUUAGAGGGUCACUUGUCCGGUUGUGUCAAUGCAAUCUCGUGGAACCCCGCCGAUCCCGGCAUGUUUGCCUCCGCCGGCGACGACCGAAUAGUUCGAAUCUGGACACGGGAACCUCCGAGUGACGCAGCAGCAGGGAAACGCAGAAUACCUUCGUCAAACGGGUUUGCGCGUACAAGCGCGUUGCGAUCGACGACGAGUCUUUAA